AUGGAUACCUGCAGGGCGCACGCCAGGGUGUUCCUGGUCGUGCUCCUCCUGAGCACCGCUCGGGCUUCUCAGUUCCCCUCCCAGCUCUUGAUUAAAGAAUGGGUUGAUCAGAUGCAGAAAGAGCUCGUCACUUUGGCUGACACAGCCACUGCCGGAAUGAGCCUCACCCAGAUUUUCCAAAGAAACAACCACCUCUACAGCGUGGAGCAAAAUGACGCCGAGGAGCUGGUGGCCAGAGCGGCCAGGAACAUUGAACAGCUGCUCCGCAAGAGGUCUACAGCCUUGGAGAAACUGGCUACAGCUGCCGAGAAACUCCAGAUGAAACAUCAGUGGAAAGACGAGUAUGAAGAUGAUGAAAUUGCCUACUACAACUCCAAGGACAAUCUCGAUGCGAACGAGACAGAGGGACGCAAAUACCGACUCCGGCCGGACUUUAAGGAGGAUUCGUCGUUCAGACGUCUCACGGACCACGGCCACACAGCCGUGCACAUCCCCACCGACAUCUACGAUGGCUCCACUAUUGUGCUAAACGAGCUGAACUGGACUGAGGAACUGGAAGAUGUGUUUAAGAAAAACAGAGAGGAUGAUCCUACGCUUCUUUGGCAGGUGUUUGGAAGCGCUACUGGUCUCGCACGCUACUACCCAGCGUCUCCUUGGAUGGAUGCCCGCAAGACGCCGAGUAAAAUUGACCUGUAUGAUGUACGCAGGAGACCGUGGUACAUUCAAGGAGCCGCUUCGCCCAAAGACAUGCUCAUCCUCGUGGACGCGAGCGGCAGUGUUUCCGGCCUGACGCUCAAACUGAUCCGGACGUCCGUCAGCGAGAUGCUGGAGACGCUGUCCGAUGACGACUACGUCAACGUUGUUUAUUUUAACACCAUGGUGAAGAAGACGGCGUGCUUCGAGCAUCUGGUUCAAGCCAACGUGAGGAACAAGAAGCUGCUAAAGGAUGCCGUGCAGAAUAUCACGGCCAAGGGCAUCACUAACUACACCAAGGGAUUCGAAUUUGCAUUUCAGCAACUCGCAGCGACAAACAUAAGCAGAGCAAACUGCAACAAGAUCAUCAUGCUGUUCACUGAUGGAGGAGAAGAACGAGCGCGAGCGAUACUGGAGAAAUACAACGCCGACAAAAAAGUGCGCAUCUUCACCUUUUCUGUGGGCCAGCACAACUAUGAUAAAGGACCGAUUCAGUGGAUGGCUUGUUCCAACAAAGGUUACUUCUAUGAGAUCCCCUCCAUCGGAGCCAUAAGAAUAAACACGCAGGAGUAUCUGGAUGUUCUGGGUAGACCAAUGGUUCUGGCAGACAAGCAGGCCAAACAAGUGCAGUGGACCAACGUGUACCUGGAUGCAUUGGAACUAGGUCUGGUCAUUACUGGGACCCUUCCCGUCUUCAAUAAGACCAAAACCAAAGAUGACCGUAAUGGCGAGCAUCAAAAUCAGCUUAUACUCGGUGUGAUGGGCAUCGACGUAUCGCUGAAUGACAUCAAGAAGCUCACGCCGCGUUUUACAAUUGGGCCGAACGGAUACUACUUUGCCAUUGAUCCCAACGGAUAUGUCCUGUUGCAUCCUAAUCUUCAGCCAAAGAAUCCUAAAUUCCAGGAGCCGGUCACUCUUGACUUCCUGGACGCUGAGCUGGAAAAUGACAUUAAAGUGGAGAUCAGGAGAAUGAUGAUCGAUGGCGAGACGGGUGAGCGCACGAUUAAGACUCUGGUGAAAACUCAGGAUGAGAGAUACAUUGAUCGAGGAGAAAGAACAUACACUUGGGCACCAGUCAAUGGAACAGAUUACAGUCUGGCUCUGGUUCUGCCCAAAUACAGCGAGCACUUCAUUCAAGCCAAACUGGGCGACGACAUCAAGCAAGCAAUGUCAUCUUCUUGGGGCAAAAUAGUUAUGGAAACCCUCCAACUGGAGAACUUCGACAACUACGGCCACACUUUCAUCGCUCCACGGGAAUACUGCAAAGAGUUGACGUUGUCGCUCAACAACACCCAGUUUCUCCUCGAUUUCAACCAGUACAUUGAUAGGAACACUCCAGAUGCAUGCAAUGUGUCCCUUGUGAGUCGACUCAUCCUGGAUGCCGGCCUGACAGCUGAGCUGGUUGACUUGUGGAAAGAGCAGAAAGUGAACGGGACGCUGGCCAGGUUUGUAGCCACAGAUGGAGGAAUUACAAGAGUCUUCCCAAAAAGUGCCGGAGAAGAGUGGACGGAGAACCCCGAGACGUACGAAUCCAGCUUCUACAAGCGAUCCCUCGACAACGACGUGUACAUUUUCACCGCUCCGCCUUUUGCGACGGCGGCAGAAGGCCGAGAGAGCCCGUCUGAAUCUGGUAUCCUCGUCAGCAAAGCCGUGGAGCUCAUCGUCAAUGAAGUCACGCUUAAACCGGCAGUAGUGGGAGUAAAGCUCAACGUCUCAUUUUGGAUGAACAGUUUCAUGAAUGCCACACUAAAGGAGAAUUGCAAGGAUGAGAUUUGUGGCUGUUUGAGGAAUGACAAGCAUGUGGACUGUGUGAUCCUGGAUGAUGGCGGCUUUUUGCUCCUGUCCAAUCAGGACGAUUACAUUAGCUUGAUAGGUCAAUUCUUUGGUGAGGUGGAUCCAGUGUUGAUGAUAAACCUCGUCAACACCUCUUUGUACUCCUUCAACAAGACCUAUGACUACCAGUCGGUUUGUGACCCGGAGAAGGACAGCAAAGCUGCAUCGGGGCCUCGCUCUGUCUAUGUGCCAACUAUAGCAGAUUUUCUCAGUGUUAGUUGGUGGGCCUCCACAGCUGCCUGGUCCAUACUACAGCAGCUCUUCUAUGGCCUACUUUUCCCAAACCUUCUGGAGGCAGCGGAGCCACCUGAUGAAGAGAUUUCCGACGCAAUGUUUAAAGAAAGCUGCAUUACGGAGCAGACGCAGUACUUCUUUGACAAUGAUGAAAAAUCCUACUCGGGGGUCCUGGACUGUGGAAACUGUUCGAGGAUGUAUCGAGCGGAGAAGCUGCCAAACACCAACCUGGUGUUCCUGAUCACCGACGCCAGGGCCACGUGUUUGUCAUGUGACCCCAGACCGCUGCGACAGGCCGAACAACCCUCUGAAGGUCCCGAUCCGUGCGAGCUGGCCCAGAACCCGAGGUACCGCAAAGGUCCGGACGUGUGCUUCGACAACAACGAAAACGAUGAACCCUUGUGUCCAAUCAGCCGAGGGUCCUUACUGAGCUCUUCAUCCCUCUUGUUUCUGCUGCUGCUGAGUUUUUUGGGUUAG